CCCAUACUGCACUUGUGUUAGGAGCGCCUGGUGUUGUCUGUGCUGCCGCGCUUCGUUGUGCUGGAGAUGAUUAACGACAUGACCAACGUGGAGGACGAGACCCUACAGCAUCAGUUUCACCGGAUCUACAUCCACCGCUAUGAGAACGUGAGUAUUCUCUUUGCUGACGUGAAGGGCUUCACCAAUCUUUCAACCACACUCUCCGCUCAGGAACUUGUUCGAAUGCUCAACGAACUCUUUGCACGAUUCGACCGACUGGCACACGUAAGUAAACACACUUUUACCAGAAUGCAUAUGAGUGUAAACUAAAUCACAGUGUCUUUC